CAUGACUUCAACCCCGACACACCAGGAGACACAGAGGACAAAGAGGAGGCCAUCUGGAGCAUUGCCACACUUUGUUUCAAGUCCAUCGCAGUUUAUCUGAGCUUCAGGAGGAAGAUGCCGGUGUGUACCAUUGUGGAGAAGUGUAACGGUGUGGUGGAGGGAGCGGAGUUGUCGUGUAGCGUCCGGGAAGAGAAUAGAGCCCAGAGGGAGAGCUACUGCGCCGAUUGGAACAGCGUCAGCCUCAAGACUCAACCUGAGGAACGGAAGACGAUGAACAUGAAGGACACCUCCCGCAGGGAGACCCUCAGUCGGCAGUGGAAGGCCUCCCCCCUAACCCAGUCCUGCCCAUCCGGCGUUCUCCGCGUGGGCACGGUGGAGCGUGGCGUGAGGGAGCACCAGCUGCUGCCCAAGCGACACACCCUGCCCUUGCCAAUCUUCACCCCCGCCGAGCUGGGCGUCCGUAUGGGCCGCGGCAGCCCGCACGCGCCCGAGGACCUUCAGCCCUUCCCCCUGGCGGACGGCGCCUGCCCCACCAAGAGGAGCGUGAGCGAGAUCACGCGGGACCUGCCGCCCGUCAAGCCCACACUCAUGGAGUUCUCCAAGGCACCCAAAGCCCUGGGGCGCUCCAUGUCCCAGGAGGCCCAGAGAGGGUGAAGCAAAUAUAGACUAUGGGGUGGAUGAAGAACGUGCAUGCACUUGUGACAUCCUAAACCGUCUGUUUUUUCGGAUUUGUAGCACUGGCUGUUGAUGCCAGCACAGCGAACAAAAACACGAUUGUGUUCUUACUGUGAUAGUGGGUGGCAAGAAGUAUCGACUGCAUUGUUUAAAAAAAAAAAAAAAGCAUAGGAAGGAAGCAUCAAAUCAAGCACAUAUUUUUUAUUACAUUGAAAAUUAGACAAGGUUCUGUUCUUACUGCAUGGGAUGGAAAGUAUUUGAAAGGAAGCGUCACGUGUAAGAAGGACGGAAGAGCAAGUGGUUCUGGAAACAUCCUUGCAUGACUUUGUGUACAUACAGUAUUUGUGUAUCUUGUGUGUGUUGUGUUCUUUUAGAUUUUGAAUUUGUGUUUUUACUAAUAAAAUCAGAGCUGCUAUUCA